GUCAUCUACAUGUGUGUAAAAAAUUUUAAUAAUAAUAUAUACAUAUUUAUGAAUUAAAGAAAAAUCAUGCGCGACUGAUUGCGCAGUAAUUUUGGUUAUCUGUCAUUCAAUUCUACUCCAAUGAGAGGUCUUCACAGUUUCUUCUAUUGAUUUUGCUUAACAUAUCAUUAUAUCAUCUAUGGCCAAAGAAGAAGAAGAAUUCAAUGUUUACUCGUGACGUAAAGUUUGUGCUUGAAUAAUUUUUUUUCCAAAAAUUAGAUAAACUGAAGUAAUAAUAUCAAGUAUUUGAUUAAAAUAAAUAAAAUUUGAAUAAAAUUUAAGGAAAAUUGAGGAAAUUCACAUUGAAUUAAUUUGAUUAAAUUAUACUACAUAAAAACACAAGUGAUAUGUGUUAAUAACAAUUUUUUCUUAGAAGAGAAAAAUUAAAUUGCUGGAAUAAAAAUAUAUCUAUUUGCAUAAUUAUUCUACUUGAAUAUUUAUCCAUAUAAUUGUCAUAGCAAGAUGGACAUUCUAAAAGCAGUGAUAAUGCAAAAACGUAAGGAAUUGGAAGACAGUAAAGUCCUGGAGAAUAAAAAAUAUUUCAAAAGGAGCCAAUUAAUAUCGAAGCAACAGGAAGUACAUGAAAUUGACAAAGGGAAUAAUGAAGCUGCUCCGUCAAAUAACAAUCAACAGUCAGAAGAAUCUAUAACAGACAGUAGCUCUGAACAUUUGCUAUCUAGACAAGAAGUAAUUAGACGAUUACGUGAACGAGGAGAGCCUAUAUUAUUAUUUAGUGAAUCUGAGAUAGAAGCAUUCAAAAGAUUGAGGAAAUGUGAAAUUCUGGAGCCAGAAGUGAAUAAGGGCUUCAGAAAUGAUUUUCAAGAGGCAAUGGAACAAGUAGACCAAGCGUAUCUCAAUGAGAUCUUGACAUCUUCCAAAUCCCAAAAUCUUGAUGGAAAAGGAGAUGUGAAUGUGCCUGACGAGGGUGUUACUUAUGAAGAUAUACAAAAAAUGUCAACUAAACUAAAUAAGGGAGACAAGGAAUUUGACAUGAGUGUUAUUACUUUAUUUGUUCAAUAUCUAGUUCAAAUGUGGGGCAAUCAGUUAAACAGCAGAUCAGCAGCUGAAAAAAUGGGCACAAAGGGAAAAAUGAAUAGUGCGACAUAUGCUCAAACAAGGGAAUAUUUGAAGCCACUUUUAAGAAAGUUAAAAAAUAAAUCUCUUCCAGAGGAUAUAACUGACAGUUUAACAGAAAUUGUUAAACACUUACUACAACGUAAUUAUAUAUUGGCUAGUGAUGCCUAUUUGCAAAUGGCUAUAGGAAAUUCUCCAUGGCCUAUUGGUGUAACUAUGGUUGGUAUCCAUGCACGUACUGGUAGAGAAAAGAUUUUUUCAAAGAAUGUUGCUCAUGUCAUGAAUGAUGAGACUCAAAGGAAGUACAUUCAAGCACUCAAGAGAUUGAUGACUAAAUGUCAAGAAUAUUAUCCUACAGAUCCUUCACGUUGUGUAGAAUAUGCAAAAAAUUAAGUUUUUAUAUUUAUAUAAUAAAGCAAGGUAAUAUAAGUUUGUAUGUGUAGAUAACUAUUAUUUAUUUCUUUUCUACUGUUAUAAGUAUCUAGCUUAAUAUAGAUUACUAUAUAAAUAUCUUUUAAGAUAAAUUUACUACUAGCUUGUAACUUUUAAGUAAUUAAUAGUAC